AUGAGUGGAAUCACAGAGGUUCACCAGAAAAGCAUCGCAGAAUCAAAAUAUAUCAAGCUUAAUAAUGUGGAGUUCAUGGAGAAUGGAAUUAAGCGAAGUUGGGAUUACGUGACCAGCAUGGACUCGGUGUCUGCCUUCGUAUAUGACAAGAUUAACAGAGAAUUCAUCAUUAUCAGGCAAUUCAGACCUCCUUUGCGUUUUGGGGCAAGUGAAUUAACAAUGCAAUCUACAUCAAUAGAUACAUUAGGCUAUUGUUAUGAACUAUGUGCCGGGUUAAUGGAUGUCGAGAAUCGUAGCAAGGAGCAAGCUGUGGUCGACGAAAUUCGUGAGGAAUUAGGCAACGUUGGAAUGACCGGGUCUCGCGGCUAUCUUUUCUAUGUUGAAGUGACUCCCGAGCAAAAAAAAUACCCCGGAGGCGGACUCCAAUCUGAAGGGGAGCAAAUAGAGAUCGUGCAUCUGAAGGAGAAAGACGUUGAUUCCUUCUUGAUGGAUGGGACGAAAGAGAAAUCUGCGGGCUUGUUUGUCGCCUUCUAUUGGUGGAAAAACCUUCGUGCCAAAUGUUCUGUUUAUUCUCAAACACUCUGCUAA